AUGAGUUUCCAUAGCGACGUUUACUCCACGAGCUCCUACCGGAAGUUCUUCGGGGACUCCUCUCGGGUGUCCGCUCCCCCGCUCCGGUCCUCGUCGGGUUACCGGGUUUACGGAGGCGGUUACCGGGGCCGCGUGCACGCCGGUUUGUCCUCCUUGGCGCCGGACGCGGCGGAUCUCGCGCACACGGCGGCGUCGGCCACCGAGCUGAAGAUCGUGCGCACCAACGAGAAGGAGCAGCUGCAGGGCCUCAACGACCGCUUCGCCGCCUUCAUCGAGCGCGUGCGCGAGCUCGAGCAGCACAACCGCGCGCUCGAGGCCGAGGCCGAGUCGCUGCGCCGCAGCCUGGGCUCCGAGCCCGCGCGCCUGCGCGACCUCUACGAGCACGAGCUGCGCGAGCUACGCGAGCGCGCCGACCAGCUGGAGCGCGACCGGAGCCGCGCGCAGCUCGAGAACGCGCACCUCGGCGAGGCGCUCGCGCGCGCCCAGGAGAAGCUACACGAGGAGAGCCGCCUGCGCGACGAGGCCGAGAGAGAGCUGCAGCGCUGCCGCAAGGAGGCGGAGGACGGAGCGCUGCACCAGAUCGAGCUCCAGAAGAGGGUGGAGUCGCUGCUGCACGAGAUCGACUUCGCGCGGAAAGUGCACGAUGAAGAAGUGCGCGAGCUGCAGGCUUCACUGCAAGCCUCUCAGAUAUCUGUGGAGAUGGACGUGAGUAAACCGGAUCUCACCGUGGCUCUGAAGGACAUCCGGGCGCAGUACGAGGUUCUGUCCUCGCGGAACCAGCAGCAGGCGGAGGACUGGUACCGCUCCAAGUUCGCCAGCGUGACCCAGGCGACAUCACGCGACACCGACGCCAUCAAACAGACCAGAGAUGAGCUGAGCGCAUGCCGACGCCAGGUUCAGGCGCGUACGCUGGAGAUCGACGCCCUACGCAAUCACAACGACGCACUCGAGCGGCAGCUGGCCGAGAUGGAGGACCGCCACAGCACCGAGCUCGGAGAGAUGCAGGAGACGAUCGCUCAGCUAGAAGACGCUCUGCGCAGCACUAAAGGAGAAAUGUCUCAUCACCUGCGCGAGUAUCAGGACCUGCUGAACGUCAAGAUGGCGUUGGACAUCGAGAUCGCCGCCUACAGGAAGUUGCUGGAAGGCGAAGAGACCCGUCUGGGCAGUGUGGGCGUGACCACAGUCCAUCCCGCCUACUCUGCUGUUUCCUAUUCGGUGGGACGCGCUUACACCCUGGGUGCCUACAGGAGGGACGUGGCCAAACCUGAGCGUGAGGAGGAAGAGGACGAGAAGGAAGCGGAGGAGAAGGAAGAGGAGGAAGAAGAAGAAGAAGAAGCAGCAGCUGAGGAGGAAGGAGGAGAUGAAGAGGAGGAGGAGGAGAAGGAGGAGGAGAAGGGAGGAGAGGAUGAAGAAGAAGAAGGUGGAGAUGAAGGAGAAGAAGGAGCGGAAGGAGACCAGGUUGAGGAAGAGGAGGUGGUGAAGGUAGAGAAGAAAGAGAAGAAGGAGCAGGAAGAAGAGAAGAAGGAGAUGAAGGAGCAGGAAGAAGAGAAGAAGGAGAUGAAGGAGCAGGAAGAAGAGAAGAAGGAGAUGAAGGAGCAGGUAGAAGAGAAGAAGGAGAUGAAGGAGCAGGUAGAAGAGAAGAAGAAGGACAAGGUGAUGGAGAAAGAGAAAGAGAAGAAGAGCGAAGACAAAGGGGAUGAGGCUAAGGCCGAGAGCAAGGCAGAGAAAACCGAAAGCAGUAAAGGAGACAAGAGCAAGUAAAGACACGCCCUCUCCAGCUGUCCGCCCACAGAUCUGGACUCUAAUCUCAUUCAAUACACCAUCAUCUUCCUCUUCAUCAUCCAUUUAGGAAGUGGUGACCACACAGAUCUCCACAGUAGCUGUAUGUACUUCAAGCACUGACCACUGAAUGUUCAGUAAGAGCCUUAAUGUAGUGACAGUUUAUGAUAUGCGGGUUAGAAACCACGUGCUGGGUCCGACACAGACGAACCCACCAUCGGCUGUUUUAACCCAGUGAGGUUGAGGUUGCUGAGGUUGCUGACCCGGUAUUCCCUGCGGUGAAUGUUAAACUUAACGUGUGGGUAAAAAUAAUUACGUUACUGGGAUGUAGACGUCUGAGUUGCUAUAGUAACAGUGUGCACGUCACGUCACAAAAGAAGCUUCAGGCAGCGCUUUUUCUCGACCAAAUCACCUACUGACAAAGACACGAGCACUCAAACUCGUAUCUGUGUGCUUUUCGAAGUCAUGAGUGACAAAACACAAACUCAUCAAACGUUUCAGUUUCAGAGAUAACGUUUCAGUGAAAUCGCGAGGUCAUUUUUAACUAGCUAGACGUAACCUUAAUAGUGAUGGAGCUGCCCGGAAUUAGGUAGCUUAAUGUUUGCUGUAAAUAUACGUAAGUAGGUAAGAAUUUAAUCUUUAAAAUUUUCUUACAAACAAAACAGGAAUAACAGAGGUAGUUACGUAGCGGCCCACGUUUAGGUAACUUCGGUAAUUUACCGUUGGCUGUAAGUAUAUAAACGUAACGUAAUUUAAUCAAUCUUCACAAAUUUCAUACAAAAAUACUAAUUUGUCUUUACAAAAAGUCAAGCUAGCAUUCUUUUUGUCAGCUAAAUUACACGUUGAUAAUGUUACAGAGAAAUCGCGAGGUAAUUUAUGUCUAGCUAGAAGUAACAUUAAUAGUUAUGUAGUAGCCCUAAACUUGGUAACUUAAUAUCAGCUGUAAGGAUAAUAGUGUUCGAAUUUAAUCUAAUCUAAUCUAAUCUAAUUUGUCUUAUUUAUUCCAAGAAAUAAAACAAAUUUCAACAAAUAUCCCCCCAGAUAACAUUAGCUAGCAUACAUUUUUCAACCAAACUACAUGUCAAUAAUGUAAUUGCCUACAUAAUAUCUCAUUAAUACAGAAAUAUAAUUUCGAAAAGCUUCACUUCAGCCGAUUUCUUUAACUUUUCUGGUUGGUCUGGAAAGAUGGAGUAGAAAACACUAGAAAUGUAGAAAUCUGACGUAGCAUGUCUGUUACCUUUCAAGUCCACAACCCAGUAUGCCCAGUUUGACCCCACAGGUAUCAUUUUUGAAUUGUUUCCAAUUUUCAGCUACAUUUCGGAGGAUGUGGGCGUGGCCUAAACUGUCACUAAUAUAACCACAACCACGUUCUCUUAUACGAAAUUGUACCAAAUUACGCCGAGGUGAAAAAGAUUCCAGUUUUCCAAGAUGGCUGCCUCAGAACAUUCUAGCGUUCAUAUACACGGUGAAGUUUAUGUUUAAGUAGCUACAUUAGCCUUGCCGGUCCCUUACGAAAUUUAGAAAACUAAAGAAAGAUGCCAGACACUAAACACGGCUGAUCAACUACAUUUAUAAUAAGUGGACUAGAAGUUAGAUAUUUUUAUUUUUUACCUUUAAUUGUCUAUAUAAACCUUUAUUAUUAAAUCCAUAAACUCAUUGCCUUUAUUAGUUUAGUGAAGAAAGACGUAAAAUAUUUUCAUCCACCCUUUCACCAUACCAAGUAUUUCAUCACAAACUAAAUCUGUUUUCAUUGUGAUGAAAAAAAGUCACAAUAGCUGUGGGUUCAGGAGUAUAAUUAAACACACUCAAGAGGAUUUCUGUAUUAGAACUAUUUAAAAGGCUUUGGGAGCGUAGACGUGAGAGCUUGCAUUCUGGCAUCGAGUCAGUUCAAGAAAGACACGUUUCUAGAAGUGGUUGCUGCUAUUUAUCGUCCAGGUUCAUAUUUAUCAUGUAUGCUUGUUAAAACGCCUCCUGUUGACCCGUUCAUUUGUAAUAAAUCUUCCUCCAGAUCAGCUGUUCAAGAACAAAGCAGAAAAAUGAUCAAACGUAAGAACAUCGCCACGUCAUCACUCAAGCGCGUGGAAGCCAUGUUUAUAAAAAAAACACCUGCUGAAAGCUUGUUUUGUCCCUGACGUGUUUUUAAGACACCGCGUUUGGUUUUGACGGGUCGACCUCUCUGCACAUGACAGACAGACAGAGAGGCAGUCUCCUAGCUACAGCCAGUAGAUAAGGUCUAUUACUCCACUGUGUAAACACACACACACACACACACACACACACACACAGCUGACGAGCACUCACAAAACCCCAGUGGUAGCGUCACAAAACACUUACAGCCACGAAGGAGGCGUGGCCUUUAUUACUGUCAGUCCCGUGGAAGGAGGCGUGGCCUUUAUUACUGUCAGUCCCAUGGAAGGAGGCGUGGCCUUUAUUACUGUCAGUCCCGUGGAAGGACGCGUGGCCUUUUACUGUCAGUCCUAUGGAAGGAGGUGUGGCCUCUGUACAUGUCAGUCCAAGAAUAGGGGGUGUGGCCUCUGUUUCUGUCAGUCUUAAGUGAAGGAAGCAUGGCCUUUGUUCUUGUCACUCACAUUAAAGGAGGCGUGGCCUUUGUUCCUGUCAGUCCCAGUGGAGGAGGUGUGGCCUUAACACUUUUUCAGAUAAAAUCGAAGAGUUUGCACAACACACUUGAUAUCACAUGAAAGCUGCUGUAUCGUUUCACAUUCCAUCAUCUGCUUUAAAUGUCCGAGUCGACAGGAGGUUCAGUUUAUCUGCAUGGUCUAACUUUUAGAGCUUGCUGUUAGAAGACAGAAUGGAACAGUUUUGCUUGUUGUGUGUGUAAAUAGAGAGAUAAAGUAUUACUGGAAUUGCCUUAAUGGUGAAUGAAAUGCAUUUCCACGUUCGCACUGUAUCAGAAGCGCUUUUAGUCUUCCACUGAGAACGUAAGAGCUGCUCGUUUCUCUCGAAGCCAAAUAAAGCUGUUUAUCAACCAACCUCAUUCUGUCUGUGUGAUGAGUUUAUACCUGUAGUACAAUGCUCGUAGCGUAGUGUAUUA